CACUCUUCUUUCGUCGGCAACGUUGCGCAGAGCACGGCUCCAGAUUUGUUAAACGCGAAUUUACCCAAUAAACACGCAUUUAAAAUGGCUUUCGGUGAUGUGAAGACCCCGCAGGGACUGAAGGAGUUGAACAACUUCCUGGCCGACAACAGCUACAUCAGCGGGUAUACUCCCAGCAAGGCCGAUCUGUCCGUGUUCGAGGCUCUGGGCAAGGCCCCCGCCGCCGACAAUGUGAAUGUGGCCCGUUGGUACCGUCACAUUGCCUCUUUCGAGGCUGCGGAGCGCGCCGCCUGGACAGGUGCUCCUCUGCCCCAGUUGGCCGGUGGAAAGCCCACUGUGGCUGCUCCUGCCAAGCCUGCCGCCGCCGACGAUGACGAUGAUGUGGAUCUAUUCGGAUCCGAUGACGAGGAGGACGCCGAGGCUGAGCGCAUCAAGCAGGAGCGCGUUGCCGCCUAUGCCGCCAAGAAGUCCAAGAAGCCCGCCCUCAUCGCCAAGUCGUCUGUGCUCCUCGAUGUCAAGCCCUGGGAUGACGAGACCGACAUGAAGGAGAUGGAGAACAGCGUCCGCACCAUCGAGAUGGACGGUCUGCUGUGGGGCGCCUCCAAGCUGGUCCCCGUGGGCUAUGGCAUCAACAAGCUGCAGAUCAUGUGCGUCAUCGAGGACGACAAGGUCUCCAUCGAUCUGCUGCAGGAGAAGAUCGAGGAAUUCGAGGACUUCGUCCAGUCCGUCGACAUUGCUGCCUUCAACAAGAUCUAAACAUCUGAGAUUUUUAUAUUUUGAAUAAACUUGAGCAAAGCGAACUAAGAAAUGAA